AUGGGUAUACCUGAAUUAUGGGACGUACUAGCCCCUGGAUUUGAUACAAGAAUAUCUUUAGAUCAAUUAGUAGAUGAUCAUAUUAAAAAAUAUGGUAGAACACCAAGAGUUGCAUUAGACGCGUAUUUAUUUAUAUUUCAAUCAAAUCAUAGUUCAAUCCCUGAAGAUGAUGUUGGAAAUAUUAUGAUUCAAAAUUUUAUGUCUAAAAUAUUAGCAUUAAUAGGAUUAAAUAUAUCUGUACUUGUUGUAUUUGAUGGAAUUUUAAAACCAGAUAAGACAAGAAAUGGGAUUGCUUUAGAUUAUGAAAAUGAAUUAACCAAGUUAAAAGAAAAUGAAGAUUUUUCGGAACAUAAUCCAUUUGUUGAAAAUUUGAAACGAAUUUUGAAAAGUCAAAAAAUAGAAUAUGUUCAAGCAGUAGCUGAAGGUGAAGCUCAAUGUGCUCAUAUUCAAAAAUUGAAAAUUGUUGAUUAUGUCAUUACAAACGAUGUUGAUGCUUUAGUUUUUGGAGCAACAAAAGUUUUGAGAAAUUAUAGUAGAUUCCUUGAAGAUAUUGGUCCUGGUUCACCAACUAAAGAUGGAACUUUGAAACAGAAAUAUUAUGUAACUCCUGUUGAUAUGAAGAAUGUGGAAGAAAAAACUGGAUUGAAUAGAGAAAGAUUAGUAUUUCUUGCAUCAUUGAGAGGUGGGGAUUAUUCAUCAGGAGUUUCGAGAGUUGGAAAAAUAAACGCAAAAAAUUUAGCUUUAUGUGGAACAUCAUUCUCAAUGUUUUAUAAUAGAAAAAUAACGAAACAAGAAGAGAAAGAAUUGAAAAAGUAUAAUACAACUUUUGAACCUCCACCUGAUUUUGCUAUGGAACUUCGUGAUUGUUUCGUGAAAAAUGAUGUAGUUUCUAUUAGCCCUUGGAAAUAUAUGAAAGAUAGAUCCACAAGAAAAAUUGCAUUUGAUAUUUUUUUAAGAAAAAUGAAUGAUAAUUUAAAACAACCAAAUCGACAUAUUUUUGGAAGAAAUUUAUCAGUUGAAAAUUUGAAAUUUGAUGAAUAUUAUGUGUUAUUAUAUUUUUUUCCAUUUGUAAAUAAACAAUUACCAAUAUUUCUUCCAGAUACAUUGAGUUUUGGUGAACUCAAAACAGAUUUCAAAAUUGAAAUAACCAGUGAAGAAGAGAUGUUUAGAAUAAGUGAGAUUGAAGGUAUGAAAUUUGAUGAAGACACUUCUUUCAUUGUUUUAGGUUCAAAUGAAUUGUUUAUUCCUGAAGACUACGAAUUUAACGUUAGAUACAUCAUUUUUAAAUUAGCAACCAAAAGCGAGGUUAUCAAAAUAACAAACGAUAAAAUUGAAAAUGAUGUGGAAUUGAUGAUGUUGAAAUAUUCUAAUGAAGAGAUUACAAAGUUGUAUCCUAAAUGCAUAGAGUUUAGAAGAUUAUCUGAAUCCCCAGAGAAGAGACUUGAAAGUGAAAGUUAUAUUUGGGUUCCCAAAUCAUUAUUGAAUUUAUUCUGUCCCGAUAAAGUAUCUUCAUAUGAUAAGGCAAAAGAAGCUAAUGAGUAUUACAAAAAACAUGGGGUUUCAAGACAAACAUCAACAUUGGAUUCACUUUUAAAUUCUCCGACUAAACGAAAUGGAGGUCUAGAUAAUUCACCAAAUAAAAAGCUCAAAUUGAUUGAUUUAACUCCUAUCCCAACUCCUGUUUUUGAUUCAUUGGGCUCACCAAAAAAGUCUUCCACAAAAGGGUCUCCAACUAAAUUUUCCCCAACGAAAAGAAAGAGAGUUAAAAAAGUAGUUCUUGCUGCUGGUCAGCAAACGUUAACAAAUUUCUUUCCUAUAAAACAAAAAGUUGAAGAGGUGAAUCCAUUUCUUGAACCAAAUACCUGA